AUGGCUUCAACGAAAAAAAUUUCCGCUCCAACUACUCCAACUAUUAAACCUACCAUUAAUAAAAAUUCUCCUACAAACGGUUCUCCAAGACCUCAAUUAACUCGUUCUCAAAGUAGUGAUACUUUAUCUCAAACUAGUAGUAAUAGUAGUCGUGGAAAAAAAUCAAGAGUUUCUCCUCAUAUAAUCCCUACUCAAAAAAAUGAUUUUUCUCAUGUUAAAUCACGCGUAGGAUCUUUGGAUAACAUAAGUCAUAUACCGAAAGGAGGUGAAAUAAAAAUUUUUUCGGAUAAGCCUGAUUUUUCUAAUGUCGGUUCACGAAUAAGAUCAUUAGAAAAUAUCGACCAUAUUCCAAAAGGUGGUGAUAAAAAAAUCCUAUCAAUUAAACCUGAUUUUACUAAUGUAGGAUCUCGAGUUGGCUCAUUGGAAAAUAUUAAUCAUACUCCAAAAGGUGGUGAUAAGAAAAUUUUAUCGAUUAAACCCGAUUUUUCUAAAGUAGGAUCUCGUAUUGGUUCAUUGGAAAAUAUUAAUCAUACUCCAAAAGGUGGUGAUAAAAAAAUUGAAUCAAUUAAAAUUGAUUUUUCUAAUAUCACUCCUCGUGUUGGUUCGUUGGAUAACAUUUAUCAUACUCCAAAAGGUGGUGAUAUAAAAAUUAAAUCUGUUAAAGUUGAUUUCUCUAAAGUUCAUUCACGUCCACGUGUUGGUUCUCUCGAUAAUAUUGAUCAUGUUCCUGGUGGUGGUGAAAAAUAUGUUCCUAUUAAAAUUCCUGUAAAGGUACCAUUAAGUUCUGUGAAAUCUAAAGUUGGUUCUUUUGAUAAUAUUCAACAUACUCCUUGUGGCGGUGAUUUCAAGAUAUUUUCAAGAAAAUUAAGUUAUCGUGAUGUUUCUCCAAAAAUCAGAGUGAGAUCCUACAGUAAUGCAAGUUCUAUUGAUGAUAAUGAUCGGUCGGAUCUUGUUUAUAGCCCUAUUUCUUCUCUUGCUUUGGAUGAAUCUCUAGAAGUUAAUAGUCCUCCUUCGGACCCUCUUGCUGACUCUAAUACUCCUUUAACUGAAGUUUUACCUCCUAUUAUGGAAAAUUUACAUAGUGAAGAGGCUAAUGAUGAUAAUUAUAACGAUGAACCUGGUUAUCUUCAAGCCUCUGAACCUCCAAAAAUCUUACAAGAUUCUCAACUUAACGAUACUGAUUUGGAUUUUAAAGUUAAUGUUCAAAGAAAAACUUUACUUUUAGCUAAUGAAUCUAAUUUACCGAGAGCUUUAUCAACUUUUGAAAUACCACCUGAUAAUUCCGUCUCACCUACAAAACCGGAGUUGACCGCUGAUCAGAAAAAAGUUUAUGAUUCUUCUUGGUUAUAA